AAAGAUUUCAUUCGCUAAACAAGAAUGGGUGCUUUUGGUGUGUACGUCUUUGACGAAGAUAUGGCAUGCGAUGCUCUUGCUGGUGCUCUUCACUUGGAGAAUCCUCUUGAUGAGUUCCUCAAGCAGUUCAGGGCAUCCAUCGAGACCGACUACCUCGAGAUCGACGAUUGUGGUUACACCUUAGCCUACACUAUCCUUCUGCUUGGCUUAAAGGACAUUCAGAUAAUCAAUAAGAUGGAUGAUGCCGAGUUGGGUUCACCAUAUAGAGAAAACGUUCUCAGAUUCAUCGAGAAUAACAGGGCUGAUUGGCUUCACGUUGUGAAUAAAGGCUUGUACUACGACGCUGCUAAAGCUGCAAUUGACGCAGUUUUAAGUGAAAAAAGUGAAUCAAGAGAGCUCUGGGCUGAUACGGAUAGCCUUCAAGAUUGGAUAAACGUUGUCAAUGGCCUAAAAUCUGAGCUUUGAGUUGGAGUUGAUAGACAUGUUCUUGGAGCCCUGUGUACGCAGUACGAAAUACUAUGGGGCCGGCUGAAAUUUGGUCGGAGAAACUCGGUCCUCUUCCCAAAUUCUCUAGAGAGACUUUAGCGUAACACUUAUCAAAAUCGAAGCAAAACAUGGAAUGUUUUAGAUCUUUGGUAGUUAUAUACACAUACUCUACGUUGCAAAUACAAACAUCCACGAC